CAAGAGGAAGAGGCAACGGAGGGAGACCCGCGGCCGCAGCAAGGGUUUCUCCCGACUGGAGCCUGAGCACCGUUUCUGUUUGGGGCAGGGAGGGAAGGAGCGAAAGAUGCGGACAGCGGAGCCGUCCUUCGCCGUAACCUCAUCCGAAUAUCAGCAGGGCUGACCCAUUGGAGACCGGCUUAAAGAAGGGAGGUAUAUGGAAAUGGCUAGAAAACGUGAACAUUUUGGUCUAAGCUAUUUGGAAGAACUAACUAUACUUAAAGAGCGUGAAAACAUAUGCAAAGAAUCUCGGCUGGAAUUUCUGAAGUUUAAACAAACAGCUAAUGCUCAAACAAAUCUGAACAAACCUGUAUGUGAAGUUACACCACCAGAUCAAGCACAUCAGCUAGUACCUUAUUCUCUCCAGAGUUCACAGAGACCACCCCUGCUUCUUGAAAACACAAAUCUUCCUGUAGACUGGGAUACUUCUAAAAGUUUGAAAAGAGUAGAUCUUUCUCCUGAUGUAACAGUCAUGGGACAUCAAACACAACGUCUUGAAACUAAACAAAAGAAAUCUCACAAAAAAGAAGACACUAUGAUAGACAAUCACUUAGCUGAGGAUGAAAAGGGGCCAGUAGCAAUAGCCUCUUUAAUAGGCACUACUAAAAAAGUCAGCAUGUUAAAGAAACCAGAGCCCCCACCAAAGCCAAGAUCCAGAAAGUUGGUUCAUGCAAAAUCUGUGUUUGAGAAGCCUCUCUCCCCUCAACAAGUAGUUCAUGAUACUGAACAGCCAGCACAAAAAAUGUAUUCUCAGCAUAAGAUUAUGGCAAAUGUAGGAACCAGCUCUGACAUAACAGAAAUGGAAUGCUCAAGUAUUAUGGACUCCAGUUCAAGUGAAAAGUUAAUUAAAAUGUCAAAAGAAAUUUCAAAGCCAAGUAUACUAAAAACACUUAUUGAGUUAGAAGAGCCGUAUAGUAAAAAAAUCAGCAAGGUAUCUAAUGCAAAGUCUAUUUCAGGAUCUCUGCAAGAAGCUAGAGACAUGAGAAGAUCAAAGCUAUCUGAAAAGUUUUCCCCAAAGAGUAGGUCACAAAUACAGGAUUCCAUUCAAAAGUUUCCUUCUGGAGUUCUUCCACGAUCUAUUGAUGAAAUAAUUGCAUCCUUGCAGUCUACAGCUCCUACCCCUUCAGAUCUGAGAAUCAAAGAACUUCUGGAGAGUGUUCUUGGCCAGGACUACAACAUAAAAAUAGAAUCACCAGUUGACGUUCCAGUGAAGCCCGAGACAAAAGAAGAAAUCUCCAUCUACUCGUCUCAGCCACAAGUCACUGAAAGGGAAAUUCAGCUGAGCAUACUGGAAAUGCCAUCUAAAGAAGCUGUGUCAGUGAAAAUGGAACAAUUAAAAAUGGAACCUUGGGUUGAAGAACUUGGAUCUCCAGCUAAACGGGCAACACUUGCAGAUAGUGAACAAACACAACUGGAUACAUCUCAAAGAUCACGAUUGGAGAGUAUGUCCCUCCCAACAGAGCAAGAGUACAUAGAAGUGGAAGAAGAUACCCCCAAAGCUAAGCACCAUCUGGGAGAGGAGCAGAAGCGCCCUGGCAGCAGACUAUCCCAGAUUUACGCCAGCAUAACUCCCCCUACGAUGGCACAGCAGCCCAGUGCUGCUUCACUCUGGUCUCUUACCAGCCACCUGGCCAAGGUGGCUGAGUGUGGGCAUAACUAGGGUGUAAGUCCCUGCAACUGUGUGGCAGGGGGCAGGCUGGUGGGCAGGGCACAUGUUCGUUAGCUUCCUAAGCUGUUUUGGGCACAGGAAUGCCCCCAGCAGCAGUGGAAAGUUAUGCCACAAAAAAUGAUGGCGUAGCCCAUAGGCACCCAUUGUACAGGAAAAUUCAAUCACCUCCCCUGUGCUUUCCCCCCUCAAGCAGCUUGGAGGUGCAUAGGAUCCUGACUAUUAUAGGGACCAAUUUGUUCGUGCCCCUGCGGUGGCCAAGCCUCCUCCCUGUGCCCAAUCAGCUAAACAGUCACCCUAUAUAACCUCUAGCUGGGGCAUCCAUUACCUCAGGUAAGCGAGGUGGGUAGAGGCUUUGCCCAAGAGCCCCCUGCCAUGGGGACUUAGAGCAUGAGGUGGGAGAUGGUGCUGGUGGUGGCGGGGCAAGAGUGCGCAGAGGGAACUUUGUGAAAUCUGGUGCAUGGCUCACACUCACAUAUGGGAGGAGAGUCACAUCCAAAAUGCCUAACAAUUAUUACCCGAGUUCCCUUACAGGUUACUUGACCCCUGAGUCCUGGCUUGGGGAGGAAUGAGGGCACACUGACAGGUAAGAAGGAAUUGGGGAGGUAGCUGCCCUAGCUCGCUCAUUCACAUCAGUCUCUCCUCUCCCCACACCCACAUGCCCCUAAUCACUGGUCUCUGCAGUUGAGGCUUAUUGGGGAGGGUGCAGCCCCUGCCUGUGAGCUGUGUGGCCCAUGUCUGCCAUAGAAGCAGUUGCCUAGGGAGCCAUGCUUAAUAUAUCUGUUUCAGGGGAAUACCAGCAGUCCAUGUCAGGACUCCAUCUAGACUUCCUCAGCUGGGUUCCCCCCUUGGGCAGAGGAGAGAGUGCAGUUGUGGGCUAGAGUGUCUGGAUGCUUGCUCUUAUAACUCCUCCAUAAUGGCGUCUGUAUAAACCCAUGACUAUCUUCCUCCCAGGAUCAGAACUCCAAGCAGACGGGAGCAGAACAUUCGGAUAUGGAUGAGGAGCACUUUCCU